AUGCCGAUUGCUUCAGACCUAGAGAGAGUUACUCUAGCUGCUGCUACCAACAUGCUUAUUGGUGGAAGCAAAACGGAACAGAAUACCGACGACCCAAAGAAUAGCGUCCUAAGCCAACCAAAGAUCAAUGCCCCGCUCCCGAAACCGCACAUCGGCUCAAUCAUAGCCCAAAGCCUAAACUCAUUGCGAACCCUCCCUCUACGUCGACCUCUUCCGUUCCUCUCAGACGGAACUAUUCUUGACUCCGUUCCUGCCGCGCAAUUCCUACCUAGUAUCGCUUCCAAGGCCAGCGCUGAAAAACUACAACUCAACUUGUUCGAUUGGCCACGGGUUGGUUUCGCGCUCGAGGAAUCUGAUGGCCCCGCGGCCUCCCCCAUCUGCCCCUUCACGUACAUCUCUGAGAUGUUGGCUAAGUCCUGCUCGGGAGGGCUCAUCGAAGAGACGCAGAUCGAAGAACGAGCAGAACUCGGACUUGGAGUCUUCGAAAAUAACCAAGAAGAGCUCGUCCUUCGUCGUGGCGAUCUGGAGGAUCGGCUUUUACUUAGGGUAGAAGAUCUUCUCAUCGAUCAGGCUGGUGGACUUCUCGUAGUCCGUGCAGUCUCUCGUGCCGACGACCCUUAG